AUGUCGAAACCUCAACCUAGUGGCACCACAUCGGCAACAAGCUCAUCAUCAUCACAAAUAAAAUCAUUAAAAUUAACAGGUGAGGAUAUAUGGAAGAAUAAGACAGAAAAGAUAAAUACAGAGCUCUUCACUUUAACGUACGGAUCAAUAGUAUCUCAACUUUGUAAUGAUUUCCAACGUGAUUUUGAAAAAGUGAAUGAAAAUUUAUUUUCAAUGGGAUAUAAUAUUGGUGUAAGAUUAAUUGAAGAUUUUUUAGCUAGAACUGCAUUACCACGUUGUGAAAAUCUAGUUAAUACGAGUGAAGUUAUUAGUUUAUGUGCAUUUAAAAUUUUUUUGAAUAUUACACCGCAAAUAACUAAUUGGGAUAGGAAAAAGGAAGCGUUCUCAUUAAUUUUGAUUGAUAAUCCAUUGAGUGAAUUUGUGGAAUUACCUAUGGAUGCGAUGAAGGAACUGUGGUAUUCAAAUAUAUUAUGUGGUGUAUUGAAAGGUGCACUUGAGAUGGUUCAAUUAGAUUGUGAUGUAUGGUUCGUAUCUGAUAUAUUGCGAGGUGAUCCACAGACCGAAUUAAGGAUUAAACUAAAUAGGAUUCUUAAAGAUGAAAUACCAAUUGGUAGAAGAUUAAGCUACUUCCAACAUAAACAAUUUAAAACGAAGUUUAGAAUACGUGUUUUAGUAUCAAGAGUACAUAUAUAUAUAUAUAUAAUGCAUGGCAGGGCUGCUCGCAAACUACCUGACGCUAGAAAUAUGUAUUUAAAUGUUCAUGGUAGAAUUUUUUUUAUUGUUUUUUUUUUUUUGUUGUAUUUUUUCGUUUCAAUCAAUGUAUAA